GUGUGAUCUUGGUUUUCCUCUGUUUUUCCUUCUUUUCUCUCUCUUUUUUUAUUGUCAUUGUUUAAGGCUGCAAUCCAAAUUCACCAUUCCCAUCAAAACCUCUUUUCCUUCCCCCCACAUACCACAAUAAAAUCCGAUGAGUAUUCAAUUUAACUUUAAACACUUUUCUUUUACUCAAACCUUACCUACCAACAAGCAAGUGCGAGUCAUACUAAACUCAUAUGUGGUCAAUCUUUCGUUCGACAUGAAAUCAUCUCAAAUACAAGGAAAAUAAAGUGAAGGGGGAAAUUCAGAAUGAUAUUUUGUUUGAUCAUCGAAAGGUCGAUUUCUUUUGGGGCUACUUAAAAAAGUAAUAUUAUAAAAUCAAGAAAAUAGAAAAAGAGCAAAAACUGUAGCUUGCUCACGCUUUGAUAGGCGUGCUUGAAUCGAUGAAAACUGGCAGGCCCCCUUUGAAAUUUUCUUUUAAUUUUUCGCUCUCCCUUUUCAACCAAAAUGGAGUACUUUCAUUAAUAAUGGCCCACAAAAGAUUACAGUAGUGCCUUUUUGCAGGUUUUUGUUCCUUCAUUUUGGAGGUUUUUCUUCUCCUUCUUUCUCUUAGAUUGUUUUUUCCAGAGAGUGGUACUAUUACUACUCUACUAGAUUCUCUGUUGUUGGAAUUUCUUUCAACUUUUUCAGAAAUUUUAUUUAUAAAUUUAUAAAUACUUAAAUUAAAGGGUCAUAAUUUUCUGAUCAGAAGUUGAAAGAUGAGAGAUUUUGGGGAAAUGGGUAUUUCAUUUUUCUCAAUAUUUUGCUAGAAUAGAUUCUGGGUUUUGUAUUUUUUUUUGAAGUUUUAUUUCUUGGGUUUUAGAAAUGGUGUUUUGAGAGUUAGAGAGGAGAGAGAAAACAGAGGUUUUUUUAAAAAAAAAAAUUAAUGGCUGCUGCUUCUGUUGAAGAGAAGGUUAAAACAGGAGUAGGAAAUUGUGGGCCACCAUCAACAACUUUGCUUGAAGAAAUGAAGUUAUUGAAGGAAAUGCAGGAACAUUCUGGGGCACGGAAGCCAUUACACUCAGAGCUGUGGCAUGCUUGUGCUGGUCCUCUAGUUUCAUUGCCUCAAGUAGGAAGUCUUGUGUAUUACUUCCCACAAGGCCAUAUUGAACAGGUAGCAAUAUCCACAAAACGUCCAGCUACUUCUCAGAUCCCCAACUAUCCAAAUCUUCCGUCCCAGUUGAUGUGCCAAGUUCACAAUGUUACACUUCAUGCGGACAAGGAUACAGAUGAGAUAUUUGCCCAAAUGAGUCUUCAGCCUGUUAAAACUGAAAAGGAUGUUUUUCCUAUACCUGAUUUUGGGCUGAAGGCCGGCAAACAUCCAACUGAAUUCUUUUGCAAAACCUUGACUGCAAGUGAUACGAGUACUCAUGGAGGUUUCUCUGUGCCUCGCCGAGCAGCAGAAAAGUUGUUUCCUCCUCUGGAUUACACAAUGCAACCUCCAUUUCAAGAGCUUGUUGUGAAAGAUUUGCAUGAUAAUACAUGGACAUUCCGCCAUAUCUAUCGUGGGCAGCCAAAAAGACACCUUCUAACAACUGGAUGGAGUGUUUUUGUUGGCUCUAAGAGACUCCGUGCAGGAGAUGCAGUUCUGUUUAUCCGAGAUGAAAAGGGUCAGUUGAUGAUUGGUGUGAGGCGUGCAAAUCGCCAGACAACAACUCUGCCAUCAUCUGUUCUAUCUGCUGACAGCAUGCAUAUCGGUGUUCUCGCUGCAGCUGCACAUGCUGCUGCUAACAGAACCCCGUUUACAGUGUUCUACAAUCCUAGGGCAUGUCCUACUGAAUUUGUAAUUCCUGCGGGGAAUUUUCGGAAGGCAGUAUACGGAACACAAGUUUCUGCAGGGAUGAGGUUUGGUAUGAUGUUUGAGACAGACGAGUCGGGAAAAAGAAGAUAUAUGGGGACAAUAGUUGGCAUUAGUGACUUGGAUCCACUGAGAUGGCCUGGUUCCAAAUGGCGCAGUCUGCAGGUUGAAUGGGAUGAACCUGGAUGUGGUGAUAAGCAGAGUAGAGUAAGUGCAUGGGAAAUCGAGACUCCUGAAAGUCUUUUCCUAUUUCCUUCUCUGACCCAAGGCUUUAAGAGGCCCUUCCAUCCUGGAUUCUUUGGAGGAGAACUUGAGUGGGGGAAUUCGAUAAAGAGGCCCUUCAUUCAGCUACCAGAUAUUGGUGCUGCAAAUCUAUCAUAUGCAUCACUUCCAAAUGUUUGGUCAGAGCAGUUGGUUAAGGCACUAAUUCGGCCUGAGAGUAUGAGUUAUCCUUCCAUGCUAGCCUCAUGUCCACCACCAUCUAUAUUACAAGAAACAAAAGCAAAAGUUGAGGCAGCAAUGCUUCAUAAACCCCAUAUACUUUCUUCACAUAAUGUGUCUGUUCAAAAUUAUCCUUCGCAGCAGCUCAACCAACGCGAUGUGGGAAAUGUGUCAGGGAUGGAACAAGCUAGCAAGGCAAAUCAGCCUUCAAUGGAUGCUGACAAAACAAGGCCGGAACCUUUGUGUGAACCUAAUCAGCUAAGCCAGCAUGCUUCUGCUGGGCAUUGCAAUGAGGAGAGAGAGACAAGCAAUCCUUCUAAUCCUCCAUCCCUACAAAACAUUGAGACAAGAGACAUCAAUCAGAAAUUAAUGCAGCCACCAGCUAUGUCAUCUGUAUUUCAGUCCCAAUUGACCGAUGCCCCUCCAUCUGAUCUUUCUAAUCUAAACGGUUUAUUCCCAUAUCUGGAUACUUCUGAUUGGCUACCAUAUUCUUCAGCAACAAAUUCAGAGUUAAUCGAUCAUUCAUUGCCUUCAAUUGGUCAAGAUUUAUGGGAUCAAAAUCAGAACCUGAGGUAUCCGGCUCAAUCAGAUCAAUUUGGUUCAUAUUCACAGUUAUCAGAUGAGACUAAUAAUCAGAGUGGGAUAUAUAGCUGCAUUGACUUAGACGUGGGUAAUGGCGGAAAUGCGAUUGUUGAUGCAUCCAUCUCAAAUGCUGUUUUGAAUAAACUGUGUCCUUCUAAGGAGGCAAGUUUGCAGUAUUCUUCAGAUUGUUUACUGGGCAACUUUGGUUCUAGCCAGGAUCUUCAGUCUCAGAUUACGUCAGCAAGCCUAGCUGAUUCGCAGGCUUUCUUACAAGACUUUCCUGAUAAUAAUUCAGGUGGAACGUCUUCGAGCAACGUUGAUUUUGACGAGAGUAGUCUUUUGCAAAACAAUUCAUGGCAGCAAGUGGUGCCUCCCAUGCGUACAUAUACCAAGGUUCAAAAGUCAGGAUCAGUUGGGCGAUCAAUUGAUGUCACAAGUUAUAAGGACUAUGAUGAACUGCGGUCUGCUAUUGAACGCAUGUUCGGAUUAGAGGGUCUGCUCAAUGAUCCAAGAGGAUCAGGAUGGAAGUUAGUUUAUGUUGACUUUGAGAAUGAUGUGCUGCUGGUUGGAGAUGAUCCUUGGGAGGAGUUUGUCAGUUGUGUUCGAUGCAUCCGCAUUUUAUCACCUGCAGAAGUUCAGCAGAUGAGUGAAGAAGGAAUGCAACUUCUCAACAGCAAUGCAAUUCCACGGAUCAGCGGAGCUGCUUAGACAUGUCAGUUGUUUCAGACAACCAAAUGCCACGCCCAAGGAUCUCCUAAGAUGAAGGACCUAAAUCUUUUCAUCAGCACAAAGGAUAUUUGUGACGAUUCAGCCCAAAACUGAAGGAUUCGGCUGAUUAGGAUGGCUGACAGUGUACAUUUUGGGAAUUUUCUAGAGUUUAGGUAGAUCGAAGCUAGAAUUUAGAACUUGUUUUGCUGAUACAAGCUGUGAGUCUUGGGUUCUAGAGAAAUAUAACUAAUCUGAUGUGAUAUUUAAUGUAAUGUGCCUUGAAAACUUUAUGUAUGGAUUAUGUGUUCAAGAAAGGGAAAAUUGAGUAGAGAUGAACCAACAUUAAAGUAGGCUUGGGCAGGUCACCACUCACAAGGCAUGUAACAAUUGUUUGUAGUUUGUACCAAAUGCUUGAAUCUUUAUAUCUAUUACGAGUUUGAAUCCA